GUCAAUCUUCAACACACAAGCAUGUCAGAGAAACAACCAAGGAGUAUUUUGAGAAAUGCUCCAGAUUUGUACAAGGAAAACAUAUUAUCUAAUUACAACAGGCAAAUAGUGUUAGAAAACACCAAAAAAAAUGCACUGCUAAACGAUAAGCAGAGUGAAGGUAAUAAAAUCCGUAAGCAGAUUUUAUUGAAAAAGCAAAAAGCAUUGCAAGACGACGAUAGUUUGGAAAAAGUACAAUUCAAUCAAAAAAACUUAGAAGAAAAUGAUAAAAUCAAAGCGUCAAUGACAUUUACCAAAAUCGAUGAACCAAAGACACCAUACCAAGGUGCUGUGGACCCAAGUAAUGAUUAUUAUCGAACUGACAAUGAAACUGAUAGCAUCACUGAUGAUGGCGUUUUUAGUGAAAAUGAAGCAACCGUUGAUGAUAUAUCUAACUUUUCGUUAGGUGAACCUGAGGUCGAUUCUAAUCCUAUUAAAAUGGAGUCAUUGAAUGGUGGCACAUUGAUCAGAUGCGACAGUGAUACCGACCCAUACGCUGGACUAACUCCAGAACAAGCAAAGCGCAAGAGAUUUGAAGAAAUGAGGAAAAAACACUAUCACAACGAGGUGGUGCCUUUUAAACAUUUUGAGCCUGAUGACGAUGAAGAUGAGAGGAAUUGACCAUCGGUUUGAAAACCUAAUUGCAUACAUUUUUCAAUAGGACAUCUGCUCUUUCAAGCUGGUGCUCACAGCCCAGUACCUCAUUUCUUAAAUGCUUUUUAAUUUUUGGUUUCCUGUUUUUUAUCCACCACUCU